GGAGACCGAGGCGCGCGGGAAAGAGAGGCGGUGGAGAGGGGGUUACGUAGUGACGUUAAUUCUAUAUGAGCGCUAGCGGCGGGAGCUUGGGUCUUUUUACCGCCGGCUGCGCGACGCUUCUUCCUCAGUCCUGAGUCACUGCGAGAUCCGGCCUCGCGCAGAGGUUUGCUGAGGUCUGGAAAAAUGGCAGACAUUGACAACAAAGAACAGGCUGAGCUUGACCAGCAAGAUAUGGAAGAUGUUGAAGAAGUAGAAGAAGAAGAAUCUGGUGAGGAUGCUAAUAGUAAAGCACGCCAACUGACUGUACAAAUGAUGCAGAAUCCUCAGAUUCUUGCAGCUCUCCAGGAAAGGCUUGAUGGCCUAGUUGGAACACCUACAGGAUAUAUAGAAAGCUUGCCUAAAGUAGUUAAGAGACGAGUAAAUGCACUCAAGAAUCUUCAAGUUAAAUGUGCGCAGAUAGAAGCAAAGUUCUAUGAAGAAGUUCAUGAAUUGGAAAGAAAAUAUGCUACUCUUUAUCAACCCUUAUUUGACAAGAGGAGUGAAAUCAUCAACGCUGUUUAUGAACCUACUGAAGAAGAAUGUGAGUGGAAAACAGAUGUUGAAGAAGAAAUUUCAGAGGAAAUGAAAGAGAAGGCCAAGCUUGAAGAAGAGAAAAAAGAUCAAGAAAAAGAUGAUCCUAAAGGAAUUCCUGAAUUUUGGUUGACGGUAUUCAAGAAUGUUGAUUUACUCAGUGAUAUGGUUCAGGAACAUGAUGAACCUAUCCUGAAACACUUAAAAGAUAUUAAAGUGAAGUUUUCAGAAGCUGGAGAACCCAUGACUUUUACUUUAGAAUUCCACUUUGAACCUAAUGAAUAUUUCACAAAUGAAGUAGUAACAAAAACAUACAGAAUGAGGUCAGAACCUGAUGAUUCUGAUCCUUUCUCCUUCGAUGGACCAGAAAUUAUGGGUUGCACAGGGUGCCAAAUAGACUGGAAAAAGGGGAAGAAUGUUACUUUGAAAACUAUAAAAAAAAAACAAAAGCACAAGGGGCGUGGAACAGUUAGAACUGUGACAAAAACAGUUUCCAAUGAUUCCUUCUUCAACUUUUUCAGUCCUCCUGAAGUUCCUGAAAGUGGAGACUUGGAUGAUGAUGCUGAAGCAAUCCUUGCAGCUGAUUUUGAAAUUGGCCAUUUUCUACGGGAGCGCAUAGUUCCACGAUCAGUAUUGUAUUUUACAGGAGAAGCCAUUGAAGAUGAUGAUGAUGAUUAUGAUGAAGAAGGUGAGGAAGCUGAUGAUGAGGUAAGCUUUAUUGUGGGUUUCAGAAGCAUUAAUAAAUUAAAUGAUUUCAGGGGCUUAAAGGUAUAGAAGGAAGUAUCUGAAGGGACUUUCAGUCUUGCUGUACAUGGCCAAAUAUAUUUCUUACAUACACGUGUGUUUCAGGAAGGGGAGGAAGAAGCAGAUGAAGAAAAUGAUCCAGAUUAUGACCCAAAGAAGGAUCAAAACCCAGCAGAAUGCAAGCAGCAGUGAAACAGUGUGUAUGUGGCCUUGAGGAAUAUCUGCACUGUAAUAGCCUAAAUACAACUAUUAGUUACUUACAGCCUUAUGUUUUGUAUCUUGGUAGAAUUAAGUAAACAUUUUGUUAAAACAAACUGACAGAACCAGUUUAAAAUGUAGGUUCCUUGUACCUAGCAUUUUAAUAGUACUUUUCUGCCAAUAUGUAGAAUGCAGUAAAUCCUAAAGCAUGAAUAGUUAAUUCAUUGCUAUAUAUAGUUUGGUUCUAGUGAAGUCUGUUGUCAUGUAGCUAUUAGACUGCAGCUGUGAAGAUAUCAGAACUCUUGACGGACCACUAUUUGUUUAGAAAAGAUCCUUUCCCAGAGAACCAACCAAAGUAUUUUUUGGCCCAGUAGUUUAAAUGGGUUUAAGUCUGCUUGCACUGGCUGUGCCUUCAUUACUUUGUUAUAGAAAUAGCAGUGACUCGUACUAAUUAGGAAAUGAAAUACAUUUUCAAAUUUCAUAACUUCCAUAUAAACUGUUAAUUUCCAUCAAGACCACAAUAAUCAUAAUCGUCUGCUUGUUUAUGCUCUAGGUUUUUGUAUUUUGUGCUGGUGACCUACAGAAAAUCUCUAGAAACAUCAUAUUAAGGUUGUUUAUCACUGGGAUGUGAAUAAACCUAGUAUUUUCAGAAA